GCAGCAGCAGCGGCGUCUCCAGCGGCGUCUCCUCCUCCCACGGGCUGCCGCGUCUACCCGCCGCGCUGCGACCGCGAUCAUGGGCGGGAAGAACAAGCAGCGAACGAAGGGGAACCUGCGGCCUUCAAACAGUGGCCGUGCUGCAGAACUCUUAGCCAAAGAAAAGGGAACAGUGCCAGGAUUUAUUGGUUUUGGAACAUCUCAGAGUGACCUUGGCUAUGUCCCUGCCAUCCAAGGAGCUGAAGAAAUAGACAGUCUUGUCGAUUCUGAUUUCCGAAUGGUACUGCGGAAACUUUCAAAGAAAGAUGUCACCACAAAAUUAAAAGCUAUGCAGGAAUUUGGAACUAUGUGUACAGAGAGAGAUACAGAAAUUGUUAAAGGAGUUCUUCCCUACUGGCCAAGAAUUUUCUGCAAAAUAUCACUUGAUCACGACCGCCGGGUUCGAGAAGCCACACAGCAAGCUUUUGAAAAACUUAUCCUCAAAGUGAAGAAACACUUGGCCCCCUACUUAAAAAGUGUGAUGGGCUAUUGGCUCAUGGCUCAGUGUGACACUUACUCCCCAGCUGCAUCUGCCGCCAGAGAUGCUUUUGAAGCCGCCUUCCCUCCCAGCAAGCAAUCUGAAGCCAUCGCGUUUUGUAAGGAUGAAAUUGCAAGUGUACUGCAAGAUCAUCUUAUAAAAGAAACACCUGAUACACUCAGUGACCCACAAACUAUUCCAGAGGAAGAAAGAAAAGCUAAAUUUUAUCGAGUUGUAACUUGCUCCUUAUUGGCAUUGAAGAAAAUGCUCUUCCUGUUACCUGAUAAUGAGCUUGAAUCACUUGAGGAGAAAUUUAAGUCUCUUUUAUCACAAAAUAAAUUUUGGAAAUAUGGAAAACACAGUAUACCUCAGAUUCGCUCAGCUUAUUUUGAGUUAGUUUCUGCUUUGUGCCAGCGUAUUCCACAGCUGAUGAAGGAGGAAGCGUCCAAAGUGAGCCCGUCUGUUCUUCUGAGCAUUGAUGACAGUGACCCUGUUGUGUGCCCAGCGCUGUGGGAAGCUGUACUUUAUACACUUACAACUAUUGAGGAUUGUUGGCUUCAUGUCAAUGCAAAAAAGAGUGUGUUUCCCAAACUGUCAGCUGUUGUUCGUGAAGGUGGCCGGGGCCUGGCUACUGUCAUAUACCCUUAUCUUCUGCCAUUUAUCAGCAAACUUCCUCAGACCAUUACAGAACCAAAGUUGGAUUUCUUCAAAAAUUUUCUCACCUCUCUAGUUACUGGGCUCUCAACAGAAAAAAUCAAAACCAGCUUUUCAGAGUGCUCGGCAGUCAUAGCUGCUUUUUUUGAAUGCUUACGUUUUAUAAUGCAGCAAAACUUAGGUGAGGAUGAUAUUGAAGAGAUGCUCAUCAAUGAUCAGUUGAUUCCUUUCAUUGAUUCAGUUCUUCAAGAACCAAGGUUUCAAGAAGGGGAGCUGUUUGAUCAUUUAGCAGAAACUUUAAGUUCCUGGGAGGCCAAAGCAGAUGCAGAAAAAGGUGACAUAAUGGCUCAGAGCUUGGAGAAGGUGCUGCUGAGGUUCUGGAAAAGGCUGUCCGAGAUCUGUGUUGAGAAAAUCGAUGGGUCAGAAGCUGAUGUUCAGUCUGUUGCAGGCGUGUCCAACCUGUUACAGGUCCUACAGAAGCCAAAGAGCUCGUUGAAGUCUAAUAAAAAAAAGGCCUGUAAGGUUAGGUUUGCUGACGAAGUGACAGAAAAUGCGAAGGACAGUGAAACACUUGUAUUUUCUGAAGCGCAGAGCAGCGAAGGCUCAGAAUUAAUAGCUGAAUCGUCCUUCACUAAUACUUACUCGAACCAUAUAUCCCCACUGAGGAAGAAGCCUUUGGAAGAGUUGGUUUGUAAGCUGGCAGAGAUGAGUAUUAAUUAUAUCAAUGAGCACAAGUCCGAGCAACACCUCAAAUUUCUCUCUACUCUGCUCAACUCUUUCUCCUCAAUGGAAGUAUUUAACAUGCUGCUAACUGACGAGAAACAUAGUACUGUCAAAAGCAAGCCUGUAGACAUCGUCAAACUCGCGCAAAAGAAUCCUGCUGUGCAGUUUUUGUACCAGAAACUCAUCGGUUGGCUAAAUGAAGAUCAAAGGAAGGAUGCCAGCUUCUUGGUGGAUAUUUUGUACAGUGCCCUCCACUGCUGUGACAGUAAUGCGGAGAGAAAAGCCAUCUUAGAUGAUCUAACUGAGGUGGAACUUAAGUGGAAUUCUAUUCUUAAGGUUGUUGAAAAGGCAUGUUCUAGUUCAGAUAAACAUGCCUUAGUGACUCUUUGGCUCAAAGGAGAUAUCCUUGGAGAGAAACUGGUAACCCUGGCAGAUGAACUUUGUAAUAAGGACUUCGAAUCCCCGGUUUCAUCCGCAUCUUACUUCUCAGAAAGAUGGACUCUGCUAAGUCUGGUGUUAUCCCAACAUGUGAAAAAUGAUCACUUGAUUGGAGAAGUAUAUGUUGAAAGAAUUAUUGUUAAACUUCAUGGAACUUUAGUCGAAACAAACACAUUGUCGACAGUUGAAAAUAAGGACUCGCCCGUCUCUUCCAUCUGUGAUGUGAUCUAUCACUAUUUCAGCUCUGCGGCAGGGUGCUCACUAACGCCAUCCUCUGAAGAUUUAUUAUUAACUCUCUUUCAGUUAUGUGCUGAGAGCAAAGAGAAAACCCAUUUGCCAGACUUUCUUCUAUGCAAACUGAGAAAUACAUGGCUCUCUGGUGUGAAUUUAUUGGUCCAUCAGCCUGGCAAUACGUAUAAACAGAGUACCUUCCUACGUUUAUCUGCACUGUGGCUGAAGAACCAAGUUCAGUCUUCUGUUCUGGAUGUAAAAAGUCUUCAAGUUCUUUUGUCGACUGUUGAGGAUUUGCUAAAUGCGUUUCUAGAAAGUGAAGAUACUUCUCUCCUGGGAGUUUAUAUUGGAAGUGUAAUGCCAAGCAAUAGUGAAUGGGAGCUGAUGAGACAGUCUCUUCCUAUGCAGUGGUUGCACAGACCGCUUUUAGAAGGAAGAUUGAGUUUGAAUUAUGAGUGUUUCAAAACCACUUCUAAAGAAGAAGAUACAAAGAAUCUCCCCAGCCACUUAUGUACUUCAGCAUUAUUGAGCAAAAUGUUACUAGUUGCAUUGAAAAAGGAAUUCGUUCUAGAAAAUAAUGAACUUGAGAAAAUCAUUGCAGAACUGCUAUAUUCACUGCAGUGGUAUGAAGAAUUGGAUGACCCGCCUAUUUUUCUAACUGGAUUUUGUGAAAUGCUUCAAAAAAUGAGUAUUACAUAUGACAACUUAUGUGAACUUGGCAGUACUUCUGGCGUUUUACAGCUGUUGUUUAACAGGUCCAUGGAAAAUGGCACCCUUUGGUCUCUCAUAAUUGCUAAGUUGAUCCUUUCCCGAAGCAUUUCAUCUGAAGAAGUAAAACAGCAUUACAGGAGGAAAGAAGGUUUUUUCCCACUAACAGAAGGUAGUAUGCAUACCAUCCAGAGUCUCUGUCCAUUUUUGUCAAAAGAAGACAAGAAGGAAUUCAUUGCUCAAUGUAUACCUGCCCUUUUGGCCUGGACUAAGGAAGAUCUUUGGAAUACCAAUGGAGGUUUUGGACAUCUUGCCAUUUUGAAUUCCUGUUUGAAAACCAGAAGCAUAGAUGAUGGAGAAUUAUUGCAUGGUAUCUUAAAAAUCCUAAUGACCUGGAAGAAAGAUCAUGAGGAUAUUUUUCUUUUCAGUUGUAAUCUCUCAGAAGUAAGUCCAGAGAUACUGGGUGUAAAUAUAGAAAUAAUGCGGUUCCUUUCCCUGUUUCUGAAGUACUGCUCCUCUCCCUUAGCAGAGAGUGAAUGGGACUUUAUCAUGUGCUCCAUGCUGGCUUGGUUGGAGACGACAAAUGAGAAUCAGGCUCUGUAUGGUGUCCCGCUCAUCCAACUAUUUGCCUGUGUCAGCUGUGACUUGGCCUGUGAGCUCAGUGCUUUCUUUGAGUCCACCACCCUGGAGACACUUGGCAAUCUUCCUGCAAAUCUAAUCAGUGAAUGGAAAGAAUUUUUCUCCCUAGGCAUCCACAGUUUGCUUUUGCCUCUUUUGGUGACGGUUACAGGAGAAAACAAAGACGCAUCUGAAAGGUCCUUUCAGAAUGCAGUGUUGAAGCCCAUGUGUGAAACAUUAACAUACAUCCCGAAGGAUCAGCUGUUGAAUCACAAACUCCCUGCAAGAUUGGUUGCUGGCCAAAAAACAAACUUGCCGGAAAAUCUCCAGACUCUACUAAAUACUUUGGCCCCAUUGCUCCUCUCCAGAGCUCGACCUGUGCAAAUCGCUGUGUACCAUAUGCUCUACAAAUUAAUGCCUGAAUUGCCACAAUAUGAUCAGGAUAAUUUAAAGUCAUAUGGAGAUGAAGAAGAAGAACCAGCUCUGUCUCCACCCACAGUGCUGAUGUCUCUUCUAAGCUCUCAGGAGGACUUACUAGAAAAUAUUUUGGAAUGUGUUCCUGUUGGGCAGAUAGUCACUAUUAAGCCGCUGAGCGAAGAAUUCUGUUAUGUUCUGGGAUACCUCCUCACUUGGAAAUUAAUACUUACUUUUUUCAAAGCUGCUUCAUCACAGCUUCGGGCCCUGUAUUCAAUGUAUCUUCGGAAAACAAAGAGUUUGAAUAAAUUGCUUUAUCACCUCUUCAGACUUAUGCCAGAAAACCCAACCUAUACAGAGACAGCUGUUGAGGCCUCCAACAAAGAGCCGAGGACAUUCUUUACUGAAGAGCUCCACUUGAGUAUCCGAGAGACAGCAACACUCCCGUACCACAUCCCACACUUGGCGUGCUCUGUCUAUCACAUGACAUUAAAAGACCUGCCCGCCAUGGUGCGGCUGUGGUGGAACAGCAGUGAGAAGCGCGUUUUCAAUAUCGUUGAUAGAUUCACGAGCAAGUAUGUCAGCAAUGUUCUUUCUUUCCAAGAAAUCUCCUCUGUGCAAACAAGCACACAACUCUUCAAUGGCAUGACAGUUAAAGCCCGAGCUACCACCCGAGAGGUGAUGGCUACGUAUUCGAUUGAGGACAUAGUCAUUGAACUCAUAAUCCAGCUACCGUCCAAUUAUCCCCUGGGCUCCAUCUCCGUGGAGAGUGGAAAGAGAGUUGGCGUGGCCGUGCAGCAGUGGCGGAACUGGAUGCUGCAGCUGAGCACGUACCUCACGCACCAGAAUGGAAGUAUUAUGGAAGGCUUAGCAUUAUGGAAAAAUAAUGUGGACAAACGUUUUGAAGGUGUUGAAGACUGCAUGAUCUGUUUCUCAGUGAUUCAUGGUUUCAACUACUCUCUUCCUAAAAAAGCCUGUAGAACAUGCAAGAAAAAGUUCCAUUCUGCCUGCUUGUACAAAUGGUUUACGUCUAGCAACAAAUCCACCUGUCCACUCUGUCGUGAGACCUUUUUCUGAGAUUUCAUCCCCCUCCUCCCAUUGGAAGUGAUCCCCGAGAUCCAUCAAGUGAAAGCAGUGCAUGUGGAUCCAGCUUAAAGGGUUGCUGUGAGGAGGACAGUGAACAUCACCUGGAAAUAGGACCUUCUCUGCAAAAUUAUUUUGGUUAAUGUAAUGAUUCUAAAAUCAGACUUCCUUCUCCUUCGAUUGCUUUGUAAAUGUUUGGAAACCUUUCCUUUUACGUAAGAGUAAUACAUAUUUGAAGGAAAAUAUAUUAAUAGUUUAGUCUGUAUAUUUAAAAAAUAAAUAUGGAAAAAUGCUAAAUUUCAGAAUUGGAAUUUGCAGAAGUAUUGUCCAAACUAUAUUGUACUAAAAACUACAGUUUGUUGAUGUAUGCUCUAGAAAAAUCCAAGUGUGACAAAUGAAUAGACAGGUUUGAUUUACAUAUACAGGUAAAUUUUAACACUUCCUCGUCAAGACAGCAGAAUUAGUAUUCUGGUUCUUGUAGGUUAUUUUAAUGAUAAAAAUUACAGUAAGCUAUUAAUUUAGCUUACCUUAAAGCUAUUUUAAAGCAUGCUGUGAAAUCUUUUAUAAAGAGUAUAAUAAACUGAACUUUAAGGUGCCUCUAGUAUUAAGGGUCAUGAAAUUCAGAAAAUUAAGUUUGUGACACUGACCUUUUGCUGUGGAAGAGUUUCCAGGUAUGAAUGAAAUUGAAUUGCUGACGUGUCUGUUUGGGAAAGCCUCUACAGGAUGAAACUUUGACAGAACUAGGAUUUAGAUGAUUUUAGAUGAUCCUCAUAAGACAGGAUGGUACUUUCCCUCUACUGAGAGUAAGAAAUAACUCACUCUGAGCUUAACAUUGGUGAAAAGAUAAAACAGAAGAAAUUUAAAUGUUGUAGAAUUUUCGAUUUUCAGCAAACUUUGCUUUUAUUGGCUAAAGUUACAUUACUUAGAGCUAUGGCGUAGCUAACUUUUCUAAGUUUCCCAAAGUUAAAGAAUUUUAGUGUAAACAUUGCGUGUAACAGGCUGAAGUAAAGGAGGUGGAAAUUUGCCUCUUGCCAUAAAUACCUAUAAAAAUUAUGCUCCAAAUAUAUAAAUACAGAAGUUUGAAAUUUGGAAUAAUUUUAUCGCUUCCAUUACAUGGGAAAUAGUAGCCUAGUUAAUAGCAAGGUUGCUUGAGAAAUCAUCUAAUCAUUUUUGUUGCAAAUGUUUAAUUGGCAGAAAGCAACUUGUUAAAUAAAAUUUCUUCUUACCAUCAACUGGGUAAAAUGACUAUUAUUGAAAUAGUACGAAUGUGGUCAAAGUAUUCUAGUUGAGAGUGAAGUAUUACAUGUGACUUACAGAUUCUUGGGUUAUAUUUAUAAGUGCACUCUCCAACCCAGUUUUGUCCGUUUUCAAUUUUUUUUUCUCUUGUGUUUAUUAUCGUCUAGUUUGAGGUUCAAGGAGUCAGUAAGUGAAGUCAGUAAGUCAAGUCAAAUAGCAAAAUUUUCCUACCUCUUUGUCACCUCUGUCCCUCUCUGACAUAGUAAUCCAAAGGCUUGUGUUACUUCUCUGUGAAAGUUAUCCAUUUCUCCUUUAAAAAUGGUUUUAUAAUAACUUUGUUUAUAACUUUUCCAGUAUUGGCACUUUUUGGCUUCUGACCCAAGCCCCAAGUAAAAGAAAAGGGGAGUAAUGCAGCAUUGCUUUUCCUCAUUCGGAUUAGGACAUGAGGUUCUUGGUGAAAUACUGUAAUUAAGCGGGAUUCUUACUCCCUAUUUAGGACUCAGCAUAUAUCUUGGAGAAUUGUAAAUAUAAAUGUAAAGCUUGUCACUGUUUAUAUUGCUAAAGAAAACACUUUCCAAAAGAAGACUAAACUCCGUAUACCCACAUUAAUCUGAAUUUUAUUUAUGUAGCUUUGACAACUCUAGAUAGUGUCCCUUAAAAUUCUACCAUAGGACAUUUCAAACUGCAUGAGAUUCAAAGCUCAUUAGCCAAAGUAUUAAUUUAAAAUCCCAGUGUAAAUAAACUUCCGUUUAAAAAUGUAAUUUAUUUCAUGCUCUGAUUUAUGUAUAUAAGUUUCUGUGGCUUAAAUCACUAAUGUUAUUACUUGGUAAUAUUUGUGGUCUGGUUUAUUUAUUUCAUUGUUAAACCAUAUGUGCCCAUCAAAAUUCUUUUUAAUUACAAAAUAUUUAAAAUAUGGAGAACAAUAGUAAUAAUAUAAAUGCCCUUGUAUUCCUCGCAAACUAUUUUGCCAUAUUUGCUUCUGAUUUUUAAAUAAACUAUUACUCUUUUGUAUUCCA